AUGGAAGAUAUUCAUAAAACUCAAAAUGACGAAUCAUCAUCAGAAGAUUGGACAAUCACAUUUUGCGUUAUUGGAAAAGCGUGUUCCAAUACGCGUUUACUUGCCGCACUCGAAGAUCGUUAUGCGUAUGAAUGUUUAACUGAUGAUGAACAUGUUCUUCGAACCUUGUCCGAAACGAAACAAUUGUUAACAAAACGUCAAUUGCGAAUUUAUGUUGUGCAAUCGUUUGAUGAAAAUCUGUUUUAUAGUUUAAAAGAGGAUGAAAACAUCUACAUAAUUAGUGCCGAGCUUGUCUUAACAUGUGCAGAAAAGAAAAUCGAUAUUCCAGUACCACGGAGAAAUCGUCCAUUGUAUUCCCAACAUUUGGCAUCGGCAGUGAUUUGUUUUGUGGGUGGUACUCGUCGUGAAAUACAUACGAAGUUUAGUGAUAUUGUACAUUAUCUUGGUGGAUCAGUUCGAAAAGAUUACAGCGAUCAAGUGACUCAUGUAGUAUCGUUUGCGAAUUUAGGCGAGAAAUAUCUGACGGCGUUUAAUAUGGAACGAAGCGAAAUUCUAACAGAAGAUUGGCUAUUGGAAUGUUGGAAGGAAAAAGAUAAUCGAAAUUUUGAUGCAUUGAACGCAGAUUUUAUUCGAACAUAUCGUGCUAAACCGCUGCAUAAUUUGAAUCUCUUCUUUUUUGGUGCUGCUGAUGAUAUAGAACAACGACACUUACGCACCCUUGUUCUUGCUAAUGGUGGCUAUACAACAAACGAAAUAUCCGAUGCUACACAUAUCGUCUUUUGCAAUGGAAUGGAUGCCAAUACUUUUCUCACCGCUUUUCCCUCGUACAAACGGAAACAUCGUCAACAUAUGGUUAAUGUUCAAUGGUUUUGGGAAUGUUUAUGUUUAAUGGGCAAAGCCGAUGAAUCAAGUUAUUCAAUCAAAUUACCUGGUAUGAAUGAAACAACAACGCCCGAUUCUCCUCGAUCAACAUUACUUUCGCUCUCAACCUUAUCACCAUUGUCAACGUCGAUAAAUGAUUCGAAUUAUAUGCAGCAGCAUAAUGCAACCACAUCAGUGAAACGAAAACGACGAAAAGAAUCGAAUUCCAAUAUGGAAAUGAAUACUACACCUAACAAUAAGAGAUUUAAUAGCAGCAACGAGAAUGAAAAUGGUCUUGGUGAUGAAAUGUCAACAGAAAAUUUUGAGAAACAAAAAACACCGAAUAUGAAAAAAGAUAAUAAAUAUUUAAUCAGCAUGGAAAUUCGAGAAACAGAAAGAAACUAUGUUACAAUGCUGUCGAAUAUCAUUCGUUUUUUCAAAACAGAAAUGGAAAAAGAUGAUCGUCGAAAUGGACCUAUCUUAACCAAAGUUGAAAGUACACAAAUAUUCGGUAAUAUCGAAGAAAUUUAUCAUUUACAUCUGACCAUUGCUGAACAACUUGACCGAGCACUCAAUGAAGAUGCCUGUAUUGGUUCGGUUUUCUUAGCUAAUGCAACUGAACUCUUACGUGUUUAUCAACCUUAUACGAAAUUCUAUGAUAAAACUAUUCAAGCAAUUCACUCACUUGAAAAAAGCAAUUCGCGUUUCUAUGCUUAUUUGAAAAUCUGUGAACACAAAUCAGAAUUAGGCAAACAACAUCUCGCUGAUCUAAUGAUUCGACCUAUUCAGCGUUUGCCAAGUGUUUUAUUGCUUUUAGAACGUUUACUUAAAUAUAUACCAACGACACAUACAGAUCAUCAACAAUUAACAAAUACUAUCGAUAAACUACGUGAAGUAGCAAAGAAAUUAAAUGAAGAACGAGGAAAAACGGAAAAACAUCUUUCAUUAUUCAGUAUCGUUAAUAGUAUUGAUAAUUGUCCACCCGAACUGCUUGCAGCACAUCGAGAUUACUUACAAAAAUUCAAUUUAAUCGAACUUUCACAAGAACUAACUGGCAAACGAACGCACUUGACAUUGUUUCUUUUCUCCGAUUGCAUCGAAAUAACUAAAUUACGUGUAAACACAUGGAAAACACCAGGUGUUAAAUCGACGAAAUCUUACAAACAUGUAGCGCUAAUUCAACUUAGCGACAUACGAAGUUUAUUCGAUAUCGGUGCCUCAUCAUGUGAUGAAAAUGAACAGUUCGGUAUGUUGUGUUCAAUCGAUGGUCAGGCUCGUCAACUCAUAUUUCGUGUUGCUGAUAAUCACAUGUCUGUAUCACGUUCACAUCUAACCGACUCGAUGACAUCGUUAACAUCUCUCUCGACUGUCGCAAGUAUCAAUCAGACAAGUAAAACAGAAGUUCUUCAACAUCUAGCCAAAGCGAUUGCUGAAGAACGAUGUCUACUCGAUAAAACGUCAUUAAUUGAAAAUGUCGGACCAGAAAAUGGAGCAUUUACACCUCUUUCAGCAAUGGAUUUCAUGAGUGAUAAUGAUACUCUAUCAACUCAUUCAACAAUGAGUGCAACAACAACAACUAGUGGAUUAAAUUCCGUGGGAAGUGCAUUACGAACUGGUUUAUACAAAGCAAAAAGUCGUCUCAGUCGAACAUUUUCUUUCAGUCCAAUUUCAUCGAAAAAUCGUUUAAAGAAAAUGUUAACAUCGAAUAGUUCACUAUUACAUUUAAAUGAUAAAGACAAUAAUGAUUUCAACACAAUGAAACGUUUAAGUGUCCCAUCUCGACAAGAUUCAUUUACGAGUGAACGUAAUUUUCCUCAAUCACCAUCAAGAUUUAUGCAUUCAAUUCAAGAAUACUGA